GUGGUUGGUGGUGGUGUUGGCGGUGGUGGUUGUGCUGGUGGUGGUGGUGGUGCUACUGCUGCUGCUACUGCUACAGCGAGAGCCUUCUCGAAUAACUCGACUAUCCUUUAUCUUCAUUUGCCGAAGAUAGAACGUUUUGUUCUUGGUGUUAGAAAGGGCAAACGAACGAACGAACGAGUCGAGCGAGUGAGCGAGCGAACAUAGUAAAUACGGAUAGUUUGUUAUAAUCGUCGUAUAGUAGUUAUCGUCAUCGAGAAGCUCGUCUCUUUUAGGGGAUAAAAGGAAAAGAGAGAGAGAGAAAGAGGGAGAGAGAUAAAGAGAAAACAAAAGCAAAAGAAGAAGAGUCCUGGUGCUGGUGGACAGAGAGUAUCAUCGAGCAGCCAGUGCUUUUUCACGAUUAUUCACCCCACUUUGAGGAGGUGUAGGAAGAUAAAAAGAAGAAGUAGAGGUGGAAAGUGUCUGUCGUGCUGUGGUGCCAUAUAUAUACGGAUAUAUAUAUAUACGCACGCAUAUACGUAUAUAGAUGUAUACACAUAUACUACAUAUACGUAAGUAUAUAUAUAUACUAUAUAGGAAAGACAACGGCAUUGACUGCCGGUUGGUCGAGUCGUCCUCGUCGUCGCGAGUGAGCACGAGAUAGUAGAAGAGGACACACGUUGCUCGACGACGACAAUUUUACUCGACGACGUGAAGGCGAGGCGACACGACGCGACACGACGCGACGCGUCACGACGAGAAGACGGGAUGAAACUAACAGAGUCAUUUUUCUUUCGUCUGAUAUGUUGACCGGGUAAAAUCUUCUUCGCGUUCUCUUAUUUUCUUUAAAAAAAAAAAAAAAGGUAGAUCGAGAGAAAGAACAAAUUCGCUAGGUCGUACGUGUUACGUUGGACGACGUUUCAGUGCGAAGUGAGAUACGUUAAAAUAACGUCGAAAGCGAACGCGAAUAAUUAUUUUAAUAAUAACUAUAAAAAAACGUUAAAAACAAGUAAACAAUUUGUUACGAAAGAAAAAAAGGUGCGCGUAAUUGUUGUGUUAUUUUUGCAAGUGGUAAUUUGAUCAAAGAAAAGAGAACGAAAACGGGGAGAAAGAAAGAAAGAAGAAGAGGAGAAAGGUUGAGAUAAACUAGGAAACGUAUCAAGAAGUAGUGGGGGUGGGGUGGGGGUGGGGGGUUGAUCGAGAGAGAAAGAGAGAGAGAGAGAGAGAGAGAUAGAAGAGGGGUAAGUAGGUAAAGGGCAAAAGAGCGAGGAGAGAGAGAGUGAGAGAGAGAGAGCAGUCGUCUCGCGGCCGAGUUGAGGUGGUGGAAAGAGAGAGUGGUGAACGCAGGAGCAGCAGCAGCACGUACGUGAAGAGGGAAAAGAAAAAGAAGAAGAAGAAGAAAAAGAGGAAGAGGAGGAAGAGGAGAAGAAGGAGUUUGUCGGAAGAGAUAAGGGGGUUGAAAGAAGGGAAGCGUGAUAGCGCGAAGGAAAUUUCUUGUGGUUGAUAGAGUCGACAGUGCUGGUGGUGGAGGAGGAGGAAGGGGUGGAAGAAGAGGAAGAAGUGGUGGCGGGAGAAAGAGAGAAAGAGAAAGGACAGCAGCGGUGGAAGAGGAAAAAGGCGACGUUAGCCGCCGCGUGGCUUCGAAGGACGAGGAAAUUAUGAAGCGUAUAAAGUGCGUGCGAUCGGCCAUCAUAGUAGCUGUUGGCCGGUGAAUGUGUGAUCCGGGGGCAGCAGAGAUCCGCCGGAAUGACGAGCGAAGAGACGCCGACCGAGCAGCCCCCGGUAGAUGACUGCCUAAAGGAGCGAAAAUGGUGGUGCUUCUUGCUGUCGAGCAUCUUCACGUUCCUCGCCGGGCUGCUUAUCGUCCUCCUCUGGCGCGCGUUCGCCUUCCUUUGCUGCCGAAAAGAGCCCGAAUUCGCCCCAAAUGACCCGAAGCAGAAGGAGCAUAAAUCGAACCGCCAUGGGAAGGAGUUCGAGGGAACUUUUAUGACUGAGGCCAAAGAUUGGGCCGGCGAGCUGAUUUCCGGACAGACCACCACUGGACGUAUUCUUGUGGUGCUAGUUUUCAUUCUCAGUAUAGCAUCGCUUAUAAUAUACUUCAUCGAUGCCUCCAGUGAGGAGGUGGAACGUUGCCAGAAAUGGAGCAACAAUUUUACUCAGCAGAUAGACUUAGCUUUCAAUAUAUUUUUUAUGGUCUACUUUUUUAUACGCUUUAUCGCCGCCAGUGACAAGCUGUGGUUCAUGCUGGAGAUGUACUCGUUCGUGGAUUACUUUACGAUACCACCGUCCUUCGUAUCGAUAUAUCUCGAUCGGACGUGGAUCGGACUGAGAUUCCUCCGAGCCCUACGAUUGAUGACGGUCCCUGACAUCCUCCAGUACCUCAACAUUCUAAAGACAUCGAGUUCCAUUCGCCUCGCCCAACUCGUAUCCAUCUUCAUCUCCGUCUGGUUGACCGCUGCUGGCAUCAUUCAUUUGCUUGAAAACUCAGGGGAUCCAUUCGAGUUCAUAAAUCCGCAACAGCUUUCGUACUGGACCUGCGUGUAUUUUCUAAUCGUGACAAUGUCCACGGUAGGAUAUGGCGACGUUUACUGCCAGACGGUCCUCGGCCGCACAUUCCUAGUAUUUUUUCUACUCGUCGGUUUGGCCAUAUUCGCCAGUUGUAUCCCCGAGAUAAUUGACCUGAUCGGGACGCGAAACAAGUAUGGCGGCACUUUGAAGAACGAGCGAGGUCGCAGACAUAUUGUCGUGUGUGGUCAUAUCACCUACGAAUCGGUCUCGCACUUUCUCAAGGACUUCUUACACGAGGAUCGCGAGGACGUCGAUGUAGAAGUUGUCUUCUUGCAUAGGAAGCCACCAGAUCUCGAGCUGGAGGGACUGUUCAAGCGACACUUCACCACCGUGGAGUUCUUUCAGGGGACCAUCAUGAACCCCAUUGACCUACUACGGGUCAAGGUCCACGAUGCGGACGCUUGUUUGGUUUUGGCAAAUAAGUAUUGUCAGGACCCGGACGCCGAGGACGCGGCCAACAUCAUGCGCGUCAUCUCCAUCAAGAACUAUUCAGAUGACAUUCGUGUCAUUAUACAGCUAAUGCAGUAUCACAACAAGGCCUAUUUACUAAACAUUCCAUCGUGGGAUUGGAAGCAGGGCGAUGAUGUAAUUUGCCUGGCCGAAUUGAAAUUAGGAUUUAUCGCGCAGUCCUGCCUAGCACCAGGCUUCAGCACAAUGAUGGCUAAUCUCUUCGCCAUGCGAUCCUUCAAGACGAAAUGGUCGGUUGAUUGGUACCAGUCGCCCAAUAUACAGGCUUGGCAGAAUGACUACCUACGUGGAACUGGAAUGGAGAUGUACACCGAGACACUGAGCCCUACCUUCAUUGGAAUGCCUUUUGCGAGAGCCACUGAGUUGUGCUUCACGAAACUGAAGCUGCUCCUGUUGGCGAUUGAGAUCAAGGGCGAGGGAGGUGUCGACAGUAAAAUCUCGAUUAAUCCACGUGGUGCCAAAAUCGCUGCAAAUACUCAGGGAUUCUUUAUCGCUCAAUCCGCGGACGAAGUCAAGCGGGCGUGGUUCUAUUGCAAAGCAUGCCACGAUGAAAUUAAAGACGAGACACUAAUCAAGAAAUGCAAGUGCAAAAACUUGGGGCAGCAGCAGCGCUCUUGGGGCCGGGACUUAGAUGUGGGGAUGAUGAUGAUGCAGACUGGCAUGGUGAAGGGAAACACUGCCUACAGCAGUUACUUAGAUGUGGCCACAUUCCGGAAAGGCGUGCGAGCUGUUCAAAUGGUCGGAAGAGCAAGUGAAGACUACUCGUACCCAAACGACCACCAUCCUCCCCCCACAUUCACUCCGCCAGAACUGCCCAAGAUGGUUCACCUGAGAGGUGAAAUUAAUCGUGAACGAGAAGAUCCGAACGCUAUGAGGAAUCAUCGAAAUUCUGUCGGAAUGACUAUGAUGAAUUCGACGAAGCAAGUGAACAAAGUGAAACCGAACGUGAAUCGAGCUACGAACGAUAGUUUGUCGAGUCCCAAUCAGCCUUAUAAUCAAAGAUCGCAAGAAGAAUCCGCGUAUGCCGGCUACCAUCUUGCCUACGAAGUGAAAAAACUUAUGCCAACGAGUAGAGCCUCAGGUGGCACUAAUGUAAACAACAACGGUGGUCUUCAAGUUGGUAUCGCUGACGAUCAGGCGAAAGAUUUCGACUUUGAGAAGACCGAAAUGAAAUACGACUCAACGGGCAUGUUCCAUUGGAGUCCAUCCCGUAACCUCGAAGACUGCAUAUUAGAUCGUAAUCAGGCGGCUAUGACAGUUCUAAAUGGACACGUCGUUGUCUGCCUGUUUGCCGAUCCCGACUCGCCUCUUAUCGGCUUGAGAAACCUUGUUAUGCCAUUACGAGCUUCCAAUUUCCAUUACCACGAGCUUAAACACGUAGUGAUAGUUGGGUCUGUGGACUACAUCCGCCGCGAAUGGAAAAUGUUGCAGAACCUACCAAAAAUAUCGGUGUUGAACGGUUCACCGUUGAGCAGAGCUGAUUUGCGCGCAGUAAACGUGAAUCUAUGCGACAUGUGUUGCAUCCUGUCGGCAAAAGUGCCUAGCAACGAUGACCCCACCCUCGCCGACAAGGAAGCCAUCCUCGCAUCCCUUAAUAUAAAGGCUAUGACGUUCGACGACACGAUCGGCGUGUUAAGUCAAGCAAAUAAUGAGCAAGGUAAUUUGACCACAGUUGGCAGCCCGAUUGUUCUACAGCGACGAGGAUCCGUUUACGGGGCCAACGUGCCAAUGAUCACAGAACUCGUAAACGACAGCAACGUUCAGUUCCUUGAUCAGGAUGAUGAUGAUGACCCAGACACGGAACUCUACCUCACACAACCGUUCGCUUGCGGUACCGCUUUCGCUGUGAGCGUAUUAGAUUCGCUCAUGUCGACGACGUACUUCAAUCAAAAUGCGCUUACUCUGAUCCGUUCUUUGAUAACCGGUGGAGCAACGCCCGAAUUGGAAUUAAUUCUGGCAGAAGGUGCCGGUUUGAGAGGGGGUUACAGCACUGCGGACAGUUUAGCCAAUAGAGAUCGAUGUCGAGUCGGUCAAAUCGCAUUGUACGAUGGGCCAUUAGCUCAGUACGGCGAAGGAGGCAAGUACGGUGACCUCUUUGUCGCAGCAUUAAAAUCGUAUGGAAUGCUGUGCAUUGGUCUGUACAGGUACAGGUUUCGAGAUACAAGUUCGUCGUGCGAUGCUUCGUCGAAAAGAUACGUCAUUACAAAUCCACCGGACGAUUUCACACUUUUACCCACAGAUCAGGUUUUCGUGCUGAUGCAGUUCGAUCCAGGACUAGAGUACAGGCCGAGCAGAGGUGCCCGUGGCAAGGAUGACGCCUCCUGACUGUUGCUGUGUAGCGCCCUCACCGACGGACCUUAUUCCUACAUCUAAUUAACGCGUCUAAAGUCAUCAUGCUGCCCAUCAUUCCUGAACUCCUCCGGUCUUCUUCGUCGUUCAAGAAAAGAGAUGAAAUAUCACGCGUCCAUCAUCGAGCCUAUGCGAGCCCCGUCCAUUGAAAAAAAUACGUACAAGCAAAAAAGGAAAAACAAAUAACGAAGACGUCCGUUCUUCCUGUGCAAGUCAAAAACGUCGUUAUCAGGAUUAUAUCAGUCAGCCACGCGAAUCCUUCCCUUUUGUCUCUAUCUAUUUAGUUUAUUUUUCUCGACCUAUCUAUUUAUCUAUCUUUAUAUUUCUCUCUUUUUAUUAUUCUCUCUCUUUCUUUCUUUUUUUUCUCUUUUUUAUUUUAUCAUAAAUGUUAUAUCCUUCGAAAUAUUUCCAAAUAUCCUUUAUUCGUCGAUAAUUAAUUCUGUGUAACAAACGCGUGAAAAACGUGAAGACGAAAAAAAGAACGGAUAAGAGUUUGUAGUAGUAUUUACGAAGGAGAGGAUCGAGUGGAUGGAAAAUGGUGGAAGAGUCUAAAUUAGUGGGAUAAGAAAAAAUGAAAUGGAAAGAGAUGAAGGGAAGAAGAAUAAGAAUAAAAAAGAAGAAUCGAGGAAUGUUGGAAGUGGCAUGGUGAAACAUGGUCCGAGGGUAGCUACACGUGGUGCUCUCAAGAAUUAAGAAGUUGUCUUAUCCGCAAAAGGACAACUACUUAAAAAAACAAAAAAAAAGAAAAAAUAACGCAAAGGACUGAUCGGCUUAUCGCGGAGACAAAAUGUGUGAUCGAAUCACCCCCUCCCAUUGCCCCUAUACAAUAAUUAAGAAAGCUCGAGAGAAGAGCGUAUAUGUAUAAUAAAAUUAAGGUGCAAUCAAGCAAGCAAGCAAACAAACAAACAAACAAACAAACAACAACAACAAGAACAAAACAACGGGAUAAUGGAAAAGCUACAAAAUAAAGAGCCUUCCCCGAAGUUACUGUCUGAUAAUUUACAGUGAUCAAACAAAAAAAGUAAAAGAAGAGAAAGAGCAAAGAAGAAGAAGAAGAAGAAGAAAACAAAUUAUUACGAAGAAAACGAAAAAAAUGAGAGAAAAAACAAAACAACGCAAGAGCGGAUAAGAAAUCAACGCCUCCGUGUGAUUCAUUCGAAGAUUAUUUAAUUAAUUAUCGUAGAAUUAAAGAGAGACGAGAAAUAAGAGAGAGAGAAAGAGAGAGAGAGAGAGACAGAGUGAGAGAGAAUGAUAGUUGUGUUUCGUUUGUAAAAUAAGAAAAAAAAGUCUCAAAGAGGGGCAUGAGAAAAGUGAGAAGAUGAAAGAAAUGAGAAAAAGAAUGGAAAGACGAGGAAAUGUCGAAAGCGUUUCGUCGAGAUCAAUUAAAUGAAAUUUAAUUGUCCCACGUUCGCAACACCUCUUUCUUUUUCUCACCCUCACUUUCUUUCUACCCUUUUCUAACUUUCUCUGUCUCUCUCUCUCUCUCUCCCUUUUGCUCUCGUCCCUAAACCUAACUCUUUUCGUACCUCGAUGUAAAAAAGAGGAAAAAAAUAAACAGAAAAUGCAAAUGCAAGAAGAAGUGAAGACGUGAACAAAAGACAAAUAGAAUAAACAAGUAAAGAGACGAAAAUAUUUAAAAAAAAAAAAUAUAUAAAAAAAAAACAAAAAAAGAUUAAAAGAAAAAAAAAACAAAAAAAUCCGGUAUUAUUAUAGAAACAAAAAGACAAAUGAUUCAAAUCGAUAGAAAGUGCAUCGAAGAAGAGGCCAAUAAAUAAUGGAAAC